CACAGGGAUGGCGUUUCCCUGCGUCAGCUGCUGCUUUUCUGGUGGGGAUUUGGCAUCGGCGCUCCGACAGGGCUGCUCCGAGGGGCGAGGGGGAGAGAAUGCCCAGUGCUGGAGAGGCGCUGAAUCGAUCCUUGAGCUCCGUUCUCCCUCUUCAGCCCUGUUCCCCGUGCGGUUUGGAUAGGGUCUGUUCGAGGGGCUGGCCUGGCCUUGCGUCUACACAGGGGUCGUGUGCUCCUUCGGCCAAGAGAAGUUGGGCGCUCUCAGGGCUUCUCGCUCCUGGACCAGGCGCUGCUCACUCGCUGGGAGGCAGCGUGAAGAGAGACAAAAGUUGCCCCUUGACGGGAUGAAGCGAAAACAGAAGCGCUUCUUGCAAAUGAUCGGCCUGAUUAUCGUGGCUCUGGUUUUCCUGCCCAAUAUUGGACUGUGGUCGCUUUACAAGGAGAAGCAAUUGGAAAAAUCCAACGAGUCCGGAGACCAGGGGUUUCCCCUCGUCCAGAAUGAUGAUCGUUCCUACAGCUGGCCGGAUGGAUUGAAGAGAAUUGACUGGCACAACUAUGAGAGUAUUCGGGAAGAUCUGAUGCGUUCAGGAAAGGGUGAACACGGGAAGCCGUUCCCACUGGCAGAGGAAGAUCAGUCUGAUUCAGUGUACAGGGAGAAUGGCUUCAACAUCUAUGUCAGCGACAGCAUCGCCUUGGACCGUUCUCUGCCUGACAUCCGCCAUCCAAACUGCAAGCAGAAAUUGUACUUGGAGAAGCUGCCAAACACCAGCAUCAUCAUCCCAUUCCACAACGAGGGAUGGUCAUCGCUCCUGCGGACAGUGCACAGUGUGGUCAACCGCUCACCAGACCAGCUGGUGGCAGAAAUAAUUCUGGUGGAUGACUUCAGCGACAGGGAGCACUUGAAAGAACGCUUAGAGGAGUACAUGGCCAGAUUUCCAAAAGUGAGGAUCAUACGCACCAAAAGGAGAGAAGGUCUGAUACGAACCAGGUUACUUGGAGCUUCAGUGGCCAAGGGUGAAGUGUUGACCUUCCUGGACUCCCACUGUGAAGCCAAUGUGAAUUGGUUGCCGCCAUUGCUUGACCAGAUUGCACAGAACCGCAGGACGAUCGUCUGCCCGAUGAUUGACGUUAUUGACCACAACCACUUUGGUUACGAGAUGCAGGCUGGAGAUGCCAUGAGAGGCGCCUUUGACUGGGAGAUGUACUACAAACGCAUCCCCAUCCCGCCAGAGCUUCAGAGAGCCGAUCCCAGUGAGCCCUUCGAGUCCCCUGUCAUGGCUGGAGGCCUUUUUGCCGUGGAUCAGCGGUGGUUUUGGGAAUUGGGUGGCUAUGACCCAGGACUGGAAAUCUGGGGAGGAGAGCAGUAUGAGAUAUCAUUCAAGGUUUGGAUGUGUGGAGGACACAUGUAUGACGCACCUUGCUCCCGAGUUGGUCACAUCUACAGAAAGUACGUCCCAUAUAAAGUUCCCUCUGGCACCAGUUUGGCAAGGAACCUGAAGCGAGUGGCGGAGACGUGGAUGGACGAGUAUGCGGAGUACAUCUACCACCGGCGGCCCGAAUACCGGCACCUCUCCACCGGCGACAUCACGGCUCAGAAGGUCCUGCGGAAACACCUCAAGUGCAAGGACUUCAAGUGGUUCAUGACAGAAGUGGCCUGGGACCUCCCAAAGUACUACCCACCGGUGGAGCCCCCGUCCGCUGCCUGGGGAGAAAUCCGCAAUGCAGCCACGAACCGAUGUGUCGACAGCAAGCACGGAGCGACAGGAGCGGAGCUGAGGCUCGACAUCUGCAUCAAGGAUGGCUCCGAGCGCACAUGGUCACAUGAGCAGAUAUUCACCUUUGGUUGGCGAGAGGACAUUCGACCUGGAGAGCCACUUCACACCAGGAAGUUCUGCUUUGAUGCUAUCUCCCACAGCAGCCCCGUCACUCUGUAUGACUGCCAUGGUAUGAAGGGCAACCAACACUGGCGUUAUCGGAAGGAUAAAACGCUUUAUCACCCAGUGACCAAUAGCUGCAUGGACUGCAGCCUAGCUGACAAGAAGAUUUUUAUGAGCCGAUGUAACCCCACAGUGCACACUCAGCAGUGGAUUUUUCAACACGUCAAUUUAACUGUUCUGGACAACUUCAACAGUAACUCCAGCUCCUAGGGAUACCUUUGCUGUCGCAGAGGUUGUGCACAUUUGGCGAGUCAGUCCUGUGGCUGGAACUGACAGCACCCAGAUCGAUUCGUUCAGGUGUCGAGUUUCGUAGGUACAGGGGUAGGGAUGCGGGGAGGGCUAGGUGUGUGUGUGUGCGUACGUGUGCGUGUGCGUGAGUCUGUGUAUGUGUGAGUGAGCGCAGGAUGGGUUGGCGGGCCUCAUUUCUCAGGAUCGGUGGUAGCCGUAGCCGAAACCAAGAAUGCAACUGACGCACUUUGGAUGGAAAGGAAAAAAAAGAACCUCACCAGCUGUCAAGAGAAUGUGGAAAGGCUCGCGAGGGCUCAGGAAUGCCUUGCUGGUCAAGAGCGGACAGAUUUUACCUGACUUAACGGAAAAGAGCUGGAAUUCUGCAGAUUCUCAGGUCAAUCCUGCUCUGAUGUAUCUUUAAGUGGAUGCUGAUUGCACUUUUUGUUUUAGGGCAGCACACAGCUCGGCUGAUCAGCAAACAGAGUGCAUGGCUGAUACCAGGUCGAACCUGUUCACUGGACCCUAACAACGAGCUGGCCAGUAUCCAACAAUUAUACUGAGUUUUUUUUUAAAACCCUAUUUGGGCUUUGUGAACAACUGUCUUUUCGUUUUUUUGUAUG